ACCAUGGGUUCCGAUGUGCGGGACCUGAACGCUUUGCUGCCGGCAGUCUCCACUCUGACCCCGGGGAACAGCAGUUGUACCAUGCCGGUGAGCAGCGCUCCCCAAUGGGCGCCGGUGCUGGACUUUCACCCGGGGGCUUCCUACAGCGCUCCGAUCGGCCACCCGUCCUUCAUCAAGCAAGAGCCGAGCUGGAGCGCCAGCGAGCCCCACGACGACCACUGCCUCAGCGCUUUCACUGUUCACUUCUCCGGUCAGUUCACCGGCACGGCCGGGGCCUGUCGUUACGGAGCGUUCGGCGCUCCACCGCCCAGUCAGGCGCCUCCGAGUCAGGCGAGAAUGUUCACCAACGGCGGCUACCUCAACCAUUGCAUGGACACGCAACCGCCAGCCAGGAACCAGGGUUACAGCGCUGUGGCUUUCGACGGGACUCCAGGUUACGGUCACACUCCAAGUCAUCACACUCCUCAGUUCUCGAAUCACGCCUUUAAACACGAGGAACCCAUCAACCAACAGAACAGUAUAGGAGAGCAACAGUACCCGGUCCCUCCGCCAGUGUAUGGCUGCCACAACUCUACAGACAGUUGUGCUGGGAGUCAGGCUCUGCUGUUAAGAUCUCCAUAUAACAGUGAUUCUCUUCACUUACUUUCUGCAUCUCUACCUUGUCUUGCUGACGGCACGGUUAGCACUGCUGCCUCACAGCGCCAGACAUCCGGCCACGCGACAGGAUAUGAGACUGACAAUCACAAUGCUCCUAUGUUGUACAGCUGUAGCACGCAAUACAGAAUACAUACACAUGGGGUGUUCAGAGGGCUUCAGGAUGUUCGGAGGGUCCCGGGAGUUGCACCAACCAUUGUCAGAACAAACACAGAGGCUAACGAAAAGCGUCCAUUCAUGUGUCCCUAUCCUGGGUGUAAUAAACGCUACUUCAAACUCUCUCACCUGCAAAUGCACAGCAGGAAACAUACAGGUGAGAAGCCUUAUCAGUGUGAUUUCAAGGACUGCGGUCGACGAUUUUCCCGUUCAGAUCAACUUAAACGACACCAGAGAAGACACACUGGGGUAAAGCCAUUCCAGUGUAAAACAUGUCAGCGUAAAUUCUCCCGCUCUGACCAUUUAAAGACUCACACCCGAACUCAUACAGGUGAAAAGCCCUUUAGCUGUAGGUGGCCAAACUGUCAGAAGAAGUUUGCCAGGUCCGAUGAACUGGUUCGUCACCAUAACAUGCAUCAGAGAAACCUGACCAAGCUUCAGCUUACUCUCUAA